GUCUUGCUGGGAUACGUGUGUCUGGCUCAAGAAGAGGAGGUUUUGGGUCCUGUGGUGAACGUCUACACUGAACUGAAGGAGCUUAGGUCUUUGGUGGGAGAGCUGAGUACUAAGCUCCAUACAGCAGAGGCAGACCUGAAAGAGCAGAGAGCUAUGGUGGAUAAACUGAAUAAAGAGAGAGAAGAGCAACCCAAGGUAGCCUUCUCAGCAGCCUUGCUGUCGUCUGAAAGUAAACACCAUGGGCCCAUCGACGCAGAGACUAACCUCAUUUUCGGAAAAGUCCUGACCAACAUUGGCAGUGCAUACAACCCAAUCACAGGUGUCUUCACAGCUCCAGUGAGAGGGGUCUACUACUUCAGAUUUUCUGGAAAUGGCUUUGCAGGCCAUGACAUGGGUCUGAGCAUAUUCAAGGAUGGCCAAAGGAUGAUGUCUGUGUACGAAUACCAAUCCAGUGGGGAACAGAAUGACCAUGCGUCCAAUGGAGUCACACUGCAGUUGGAGAAGGGAGAAGUGGUCAACAUGCGUCUCUGGAUCAACACAUGGGUCUUCAUCGAUGGGCGAUAUGACUACUGCUCAUUCAGUGGCUUCCUGCUCUUUCCUAUGUGAAGCAGACAGCACAGUGUCACAUUUUCCUCUGUCAUGAGAUAAAACCCUGAUGCAGGAAAAAAAAAUAUAUAUAUAUCCUGUUUUGAAGAUGUUUAUAAUCGGUCUGCUAAUUCAGGACUAGUAAAGGCCCAGUGCACUACUUUUGUGAAUGUUAUCAUUUUUCGACCACAUGCAUUUGAGUGUUUAACAGCAUUUGUAACAUGAGUCUGAUAAGUAUCUGUACAAAACAGAUUAUCUGAUAACACUUAUGGAAUAUUAAAAAUACUUGCUUGA